AUGUCUGUUCGAUACAGCUCAAGCAAGCACUACUCUUCCUCCCGCAGUGGAGGAGGAGGAGGAGGAGGAGGAGGAGGAGGGUCAUCCCUAAGAAUUUCGAGCAGCAAAGGCUCCCUUGGUGGAGGAUUUAGCUCAGGGGGGUUCAGUGGUGGCUCUUUUAGCCGUGGGAGCUCUGGUGGGGGCUGCUUUGGGGGCUCAUCAGGUGGCUAUGGAGGAUUAGGAGGUUUUGGUGGAGGUAGCUUUCGUGGAAGCUAUGGAAGUAGCAGCUUUGGUGGGGGUUAUGGAGGCAGCUUUGGAGGGGGCAGUUUCGGAGGUGGCAGCUUUGGUGGGGGCAGCUUUGGUGGAGGCAGCUUUGGAGGAGGCUUUGGUGGUGGAUUUGGAGGAGAUGGUGGCCUUCUCUCUGGAAAUGAAAAAGUAACCAUGCAGAAUCUGAAUGACCGCCUGGCUUCCUACUUGGACAAAGUUCGGGCUCUGGAAGAAUCAAACUAUGAGCUGGAAGGCAAAAUCAAGGAGUGGUAUGAAAAGCAUGGCAACUCACAUCAGGGGGAGCCUCGUGACUACAGCAAAUACUACAAAACCAUCGAUGACCUUAAAAAUCAGAUUCUCAACCUAACAACUGAUAAUGCCAACAUCCUGCUUCAGAUCGACAAUGCCAGGCUGGCAGCUGAUGACUUCAGGCUGAAGUAUGAGAAUGAGGUAGCUCUGCGCCAGAGCGUGGAAGCUGACAUCAACGGCCUGCGUAGGGUGCUGGAUGAGCUGACCCUGACCAAGGCUGACCUGGAGAUGCAGAUUGAGAGCCUGACUGAAGAGCUGGCCUAUCUGAAGAAGAACCACGAGGAGGAAAUGAAAGACCUUCGAAAUGUGUCCACUGGUGAUGUGAAUGUGGAAAUGAAUGCUGCCCCGGGUGUUGAUCUGACUCAACUUCUGAAUAACAUGAGAAGCCAAUAUGAACAACUUGCUGAACAAAACCGCAAAGAUGCUGAAGCCUGGUUCAAUGAAAAGAGCAAGGAACUGACUACAGAAAUUGAUAAUAACAUUGAACAGAUAUCCAGCUAUAAAUCUGAGAUUACUGAAUUGAGACGUAAUGUACAAGCUCUGGAGAUAGAACUACAGUCCCAACUGGCCUUGAAACAAUCCCUGGAAGCCUCCUUGGCAGAAACAGAAGGUCGCUACUGUGUGCAGCUCUCACAGAUUCAGGCCCAAAUAUCCGCUCUGGAAGAACAGUUGCAACAGAUUCGAGCUGAAACCGAGUGCCAGAAUACUGAAUACCAACAACUCCUGGAUAUUAAGAUCCGACUGGAGAAUGAAAUUCAAACCUACCGCAGCCUGCUAGAAGGAGAGGGAAGUUCCGGAGGCGGCGGACGCGGCGGCGGAAGUUUCGGCGGCGGCUACGGCGGCGGCCACGGCGGCAGUUCCGGCGGCGGCUACGGCGGCAGUUCCGGCGGCGGCUACGGAGGCGGAAGCUCCGGCGGCGGAAGCUCCGGCGGCGGCUACGGGGGCGGAAGCUCCGGCGGCGGCCACGGGGGCGGAAGCUCCGGCGGCGGCCACGGCGGCAGUUCCAGCGGCGGCUACGGGGGUGGCAGUUCCGGCGGCGGCGGCGGCAGCAGCUCCGGCGGCGGAUACGGCGGCGGCAGCAGCAGCUCCGGCGGCGGAUACGGCGGCGGCAGCUCCAGUGGAGGCCACAAGUCCUCCUCUUCCGGGUCCGUGGGCGAGUCUUCAUCUAAGGGACCAAGGUCAGCAGAAACUAGCUGGGAUACUAACAAAACCAGAGUAAUCAAGACAAUUAUUGAAGAGGUGGCGCCCGACGGUAGAGUCCUUUCAUCUAUGGUUGAAUCAGAAACCAAGAAACACUACUAUUAAACUGCACCAAGAGGAAAGAGUCUCCCUUCACACAGACCAUUAUUUGCAGGUGCAUGGAAAACAAAGUCUCCAAGAAAACACUUCUGUCUUGAUGGUCUAUGGAAAUAGACCUUGAAAAUAAGGUGUCUACAAGGUGUUUUGUGGUUUCUGUAUUUCUUCUUUUCACUUUACCAGUAAGUGUUCUUUAAUGGAAAGAAAAACAAGUUUCUGUUCUCAUUUACUAAUGAAUUUCAAUAAACUUUCUUACUGAUGCAAACUA